AUGGCUUCAAAGGUUAUAGCAUCAACCAGCCUUCUCAUGUCCCUCAACCUCCUCUUCUUUACUUUGGUCAGCUCUAACCAUGUCCUUUGCCCACAACCCAGAGAAAAUCCUAGACGCUUCCUCCACAACUCACCGGCUACACCCACGUGCUCUGUGGACACCCUAAAGUUGGGUGUAUGUGCUGGCUUAUUGAAUGGUUUAGUACACCUUGGUGUUGGAACCCUAGCCAAUACUCCAUGCUGCAGCCUCCUUGACAAUCUGGUUGAUCUGGAAGCUGCUGUUUGCCUUUGCAUGAUCAUUAAAGCUAAUAUCUUGGGCAUUAACCUAAGCGACCCAGUUGCAUUAAGCUUGCUGUUGAAUUACUGCAGAAAGAAUGUUCCCUCUGGCUUCCAAUGCGCAUAG